UGAUCGUCCGAGAAUUCAGCUGGCAAUGUUACUGGAACGAAGUCUCCCUCAACCGUGUCUGUAAUAUACGUCCGCAUAAGAUCCCCAUACUGCGAAACCCCGACCUGAUAGGUUUCAGUAAGGAUGGUGGAAGAUUUCCAAGCACUCAGUGACUUAGCCGCUUCGUACUCGGUUGGCGUUGCCUACGAGGCUGUGGCUUGGGGCACCUAUAUCGAUACUUGGGAGGAUUCGCCCCGUACGGUCCAAGACGUGACCCGCGAAAAUUUUGGUCUUUGUCUGGAACCUUUUCAUGUGGCUGCUCGGGUGUGGGGAGAUAAUACGGUCGAGAUUGGUGUUCGCGAAGAUGCCGAUUUGGCUCUGCGGCAAUCGCUUCAUAGACUCGUUGAGACUUGCCCGUUGGACAAGAUAUACUAUGUACAGCUUUCCGAUGGAGAUAAAUCUGUCCCGUCAUUGCAGCCGGGACACCAUUUCUAUCAGGAAGAUUUUCCUCCAGCUUUGUCUUGGUCGCGCAACAUGCGCCCGUUCCCCCUGAGGAGGAUUUAGGGGCUUACUUUCCUGUUCCAGUGAUAGAUCACGCGUGGCUGAAUAGGAAAUGGUGGAGAGGUGUGGUUUCGAUUGAAAUAUUUGACCGGAGAAUGAGGGAUGAGUCG